UUAAAAUAUUGCUAAAUAACUCAAUUGCCCAUAAUUCCUGGCGCGCCUUCAAAUAUGGCGACUUCUGGGGACACAGGUGUGGAUGUUCUUGUGCAGCCUUUUCGGGAGGCUUUAAAUGUAUUAGGUUUUGAAGUUUAUCCUUUAAAGAUCGGGUGGUACAAUGCAGUCGUCUCUCAGGCGCAUCAGCUUCAGUACUCAGCAGACACUCUGGCACUGGUGGUCUUGAGCACGCCAUCUAUGUUUGAGAAAGUCUUCUUGCCUUUCCUUCAGAAGAACUGCUGCCAAGGUGUCCGAGAUCCCAUAGACCAAUGUGUAGCCCAGAGCAUCAAUUCCUGUGUCUCUGAGUGUCUUCAUGACCAGAAUGUAGAGAUCAGUUUUGACUAUGAGAUGCUCCCCAGCAGAAAGCCAAAGUUUCUGGCUCAGAGUGCAGCUCAUGUAGCAGGAGCAGCAUAUUACUACCGGCCAUCAGACGUUCAGGAUCCACCAUGGGGGAACAAGAAGAUGUUUGGCGUCUGCAUCCAUCCUCGGCUGGGAGGCUGGUUCGCCAUCCGGGCUUUGCUGGUGCUGAAGGGUGUAGAAGUGGGUGAGGCACUACAGCAGGUACCUCCCCCUAACUGCGUCAGCUCCCGAGAGGCCAGGAUAGAGCUUCUGGAGAGGUUUAACCUGCGCUGGAAGGAAUGGACCUACAGAGACAUCAUACCUGUAGAGGAGCGCUACUCCCUCAACAAAAAGAGUAUUUCAUUACAUCUCCAGACCAGCGGGGGGAGCUGCUGAGGCAAUGGGGCUUUUUACCUGAGGCAGAGACCGAGACACAGACCUGAUCCAGCCUGCAAAGAUGACCUUGAGAAAUGUGAUUUGUCUCAAAGCCAAAUGUAAUUUUUGGCACAAACAUUUCCUCCUGUCAUAUUUUAUAGAGACUUGCAGUUGAUUGAGUAACAUUUGCACUGAUGAACCUCAGAUGAUGCCAAACCCAAGUUAUGAUGUAUAACUUUAAUUACUUUAUUCUACUUACAAAAUCGGUUACACAUUAAAAGAAAAACCCACACUAACA